AGUUCCGCGCGCUGCCCCGGAUGUUGUUGCCGCGGCCACGGCCGCAGGACGGGCACGGGCGCGGGGCCGCUCCGGAUUCCCCCCCAGAACCGCGCACCGUCCGGCCGGGGGGCGCCGCGUGACGUCAGCACGGUGACGUAACACCAGCCCCCCGCUUCCCCGGCUCGGGGGGGCGGCGGCGGCGGCGAAAACCCCCGGAACCCCCAACCCCGCCCGAGACCCCGCCCCAACAUGGCGGCGACGACGGGGGGCGGAGCAUCGCCGGGAGGCGGGGGCGGGGCCGCGCUGGAGGAGGAGUGCGAGGUUGUGCGCGUGCGUGUCAAGAAGAACGAGGGCCAGCAGCCGCCCGAGUUCCGCUCGUUCGCCGUGGACCCGCAGAUCACAUCGCUGGACGUGCUGCAGCACAUCCUGGCCCGGGCCUUCGACCUGCAGGGGAAGAAAAGCUUCGUUCUGAGCUUCGCGGCGCGGGACGGGCAGGGCCAGGACACCUUUGUGCCUCUGCUGAGCGAUGGUGACUUGGCCAACGCCUUCACCUGUGCCCGGCCCACCCUGAGGCUGCGCCUGGAUGUCAGGAACCCCCCUGACAGCCCGCUGCUGGAGGACUGGGACAUCAUCAGCCCGCGGGAGGUGGCGGCGGCCGAGCCGGUCCCCGAGCGCCGCUCGCUGCUGGCGGCAGCCCUGCCCUUCACCCAGGCUCUGCUGGCACAGGUGGGCCGGACGCUGGCGCGGGCACAGGCGGCCCUGGCGUGGCCUGAGGGGACCCUGGCCGUGUCCCCGCCCCCUCCCCCGCCCCCGCCCUGCGCCCCCCUGAGCGACGCCGACCUGAGGUCGUACCUGGGCCCAGGUGGACGCCUGCUGCGGCCCCAGGACCUGCGGCUGCACAUCUUCCACGGUGGCGUCGAGCCCGGCCUGCGCAAGGUGGUCUGGCGUUACCUGCUGAACGUCUUCCCCGCCGGCCUGACGGGCCAGGAGCGCCUGUCCCACCUGCGCCUCAAGGCGGCCGAGUACUCCUCCCUGAAGGUGGCCCUGGCCGCCCGCGCCGCGCCGGCCGAGCUGGCCCAGGUGGCCGCGGCCGUGCGCAAGGACGUGGUGCGCACCGACCGGGCCCACCCCUACUUCGGCGGGCCCGAGGAGGGCCACCCUCACCUGGCCGCCCUGCAGGCGCUGCUGACCACCUUCGCGCUGGGCCACCCGCGCCUCUCCUACUGCCAGGGCAUGUCGGACGUGGCGGCGCCGCUGCUGGCCGUGCUGGACGACGAGGCGCAGGCCUUCCUGUGCUUCUGCUCGCUGAUGCGCCGCCUGGCGCCGCGCUUCCGCCCCGGCGGCCGCGGGCUGGCGCGCGCCUUCGGCCACCUGCGCCGCCUGCUGCGCCGCGCCGACCCCCAGUUCUGGGCCUUCCUGGCGGCGCGCGGCGCCCACGACCUGCUCUUCUGCUACCGCUGGCUGCUGCUGGAGCUCAAGCGCGAGUUCGCCUUCGAGGACGCGCUCAAGGUGCUGGAGAUCACCUGGAGCUCGCUGCCGCCCGCCCCGCCCCCGCCCCCCGAGGGGGUCCCGCUGCUCGGAGCCCCCCUGGGAGCUCGCAGGGCCGGCCGGGGGCUGAGGGAGCGCCGGGGGUUGCGGCCGCGGCCGCCCAGGAGGAGGAGGAGGAGGAGGAAGGCGGAGGAGGAAGGUGGAGGAGAAGGUACUGGAGGGAUCACGGAGGGUUCUGCUGGUGGCUUUGGGGGUCUCAAGGGUUGCUGUGAUGGCCCUGAGGGUCCCAAGAGCUCCAGUGAUGUCCCAGGUGGUCCCAUGAGCUCUGGUGAUGUCCUCGGUGGUCCCACAAGCUCCAGUGAUGGCCCAGAGGGUCCCACAAGCUCCAGUGGUAGCCCUGGGGGUCUCAAGACUUCCAGUGAUGGCCCAGAGGGUCCCAAAAGCUCCAGAGAUGUCCCCAGCAGUCCCAAGAUCUCCAGUGAAGUCUUUGAGACUCCCAAGAGCUUCAGCAACGUUCUAGAAGGUUCCAAGGGCAGCCAGGAGGGUAUCCAGAGCUCCAGUGAUGUCCCCAGCAGUCACAAGAUCUCCAGCGAGGUCUUCAAGAGUCCCAAGAGCUCCAGUGAUGUCCCUGAUGGUCCCAGGGACAGCCAGGAGGGUCCCGAGAGCUUUAAGGACAUUGAGGAAGGUCUUGAGAGCUCCAGCAAUGUCCCCAGAGGUCACAAGAGCUCCAGCGAUGUCCCCAGAGGUCACAAGAGCUCCAGGAAGGUCCAGGGGAGACUCCCCAGGGAUGCUGGAGGAGCCCCCGAGGGCUCCAAGGACUCAGAGCCAGGUGGAGGUAGAGGAAGGAAGGUGGAGGAAGGCACCGACGCCCUGGAGAUGGAGCAGAGACCCCACAGCUUCUGCUGGGGGGCUGGAGAAGACCCCAAAAAAGGACAGGGUGGCCCUAAAGAGGGACACCACCCAGGAGAAGGACAAGAUGACCACAGAAAAGGACAAGGUGACCCCAAAGAGGGAUUUGAUGACCCCAAAGAGGAGCUGGAUGACCCGAGAGAAGGAGGAGAUGACCCUGGGACGAAUCGUGAUGACCUCAGGAAGGUUCCCGAUGAUCUCAGAGAAGGACACGGCUUUGGAGAAGGCCACAACAACCCCAGGGAUGGCCGUGGUGACCUCAAGGAUGGCUGUGAUGACCUCAAGGAUGGCCAUGAUGACCUCAAGAAUGGCCGUGAUGCCCCUAAGGAAGGAUGUGAUGACCCCAGACGUGGCCACCAUGACCUCAAACAUGACCACCACGACCCCAAGGACAGCCAUGACGACACCAACCACGACCACCACCACCUCCACGACGACCACCACACCCCCAAGACCACCCGCCACAACCCAACCACCCCCGAAGACCCUUGGGGCGGCCGUUGGGCUUGGGAAGACCCUUCCUCCUCCUCCUCCUCCUCCUCCUCCACCUCGUGCUCCUCAGGUUCCUCCUCGGACGAGGAGGUGACGGUGGAGGACGACGGGGCGCCGCUGCCACCUCCAGAAGAGCUGGGCCAGGGCAACCCCUUCCUGCUGUUCGUGUGCCUGGCCAUGCUGCUGGAGCAGCGCGAGGCCGUGAUGGCGCGCGCCGGCGACUACAACGAGGUGGCCAUGCACUUCGACCGCCUGGUGCGCCGCCACCACCUGCCGCGCGUCCUGCGCCGCGCCAAGGCGCUCUUCGCCAGGUACCUGGAGGGUUGGGGGGCCACCGCGCCGGGGGGACCCCAAACGGGACCGCCCUCGGGGUAAGGGGACCUCAGGAGAUCCAAGGGUGGGGUGGGGGAGAGAGGGUGGGAGCGGCAAGGUCAGAGGAGGGGUGAGGUGGUGACGGUGUAGAACAUCUGAGAUGGGUCUGAGGUCAUCCUGAGGGGUUUGUGGUGACCCCAUAGGACAUCUGAGAUGGGUCUGAGGUCAUCCUGAGGGGUUUGUGGUGACCCCAAGGAACAUCUCAGAACAUCUCCAGAAGGUGCUGAGGUCAUCAUGAGCAGCUCCAAAGUCACUGGAGGUCUGUAGGAUGCGGUGGUGACCCCGUGAAACAUCUCAAAGUUGGUCUGAGAUCAUCAUGAGCAACUCCAAAGUCACUGGAGGUCUGUAGGAUGAGGUGGUGACCCCAUAGGACAUCUGAGAUGGGUCUGAGGUCAGCCUGAAGGGUUUGUAGGAGAGCAUGGUGACCCCAUGGAACAUCUCAGAACAUCUCCAGAAGGUGCUGAGGUCAUUGUGAGCGGCUCCAAAGUCACUGGAGGUCUGUAGGAUGAGGUGGUGACCCCACAGGACAUCUGAGAUGGGUCUGAGGUCAUCCUGAGGGGUUUGUGGUGACCCCAUAGAACAUCUCAGAACAUCUCCAGAAGGUGCUGAGGUCAUCGUGAGGGGCUCCAAAGGGUUUGUAGGACGAGGUGGUGACCCCAAAGAACAUCUCAGAACAUCUCCAGAAGGUGCUGAGGUCAUCAUGAGCAGCUCCAAAGUCACUGGAGGUCUGUAGGAUGAGGUGGUGACCCCGUGAAACAUCUCAAAGUUGGUCUGAGAUCAUCAUGAGCAACUCCAAAGUCACUGUGGGUUUGUAGGACCAGGUGGUGACCCCAUAGGACAUCUCAGAGAGGUGCUCAGGUCAUUGUGAGGGGCUCCAGAGGUCUGUAGGACAGCGUGGUGACCCCAUAGGACAUCUCCAGGGACCCCCACACCCAUCAUGGGACUCCCAAGUUGAGCGGGAGAACCUGUAGGACACUGUGGGGACACCAUCAAACAUCUCCAGGAGGUCCUUAGGUCACCUUGGGGGACCUGUGGUCACUGUCAGGGUCUGUAGGACAACAUGGGGACACCAUAAAACGUCACCCUGAGGUCACUUUGGGGGACCUGUGGUCGCUGUCAGGGUCUGCAGGACAACGUGGGGACACCAUAGAAUGUCACCCUGAGGUCACCUUGGGGGUCUGCAGGAGAUUGUGGGGACCCCCAGACCCCACAUGGGGACAGGUGGGUCCUUUUGGGGUCCCCAGGGCCACCACAGGUCCCCAAGGCCACCAUGGGGUCCCCAAGGCCACCACAGGUCCCCAAGGCCACCAUGGGGUCCCCAAGGCCACCACAGGUCCCCAGGGCCACCCUGGGGUCAGCAGGGAGCCCCAGACCUCCCCAUGACCCCUGAGAGACCCCUCCCAGUACAAACCAGUAUGAACCAGUACAGCCCAGUGCCUCCCCACUGGGUUCUGCACCAUUGUGGGACAUCCCAGUACAAACCAGUAUGAACCGGUACCAACCACUUGCCUGGGAACUCCUGGAUCUGCCUUGCCUUGGGCCGGACCAGUACAGACCAGUAUGGACCAGUUUGGAGCAGGAAGGGGCUGGGAGCCCAACUGGGAGCCCCUCACAUGCAUCACCUUGUGCCGGACCAGUAUGGACCAGUACGGACCAGUAUGGACCAGUACGGACCAGUGCCUUGCCGUGGCCUUCAGCCAUCCCAGCAUGCACCAGUACCGACCAGUAUGGACCAGUAUGGACCAGUCCGGCAGCCAAACUGGGAGCUCUUCACCGGCGUGGCCUUGGGUCCUCCCAGUAUGGACCAGUACAAACCAGUCCAGAGCUCUCCUCACCCGCGUGGCCUUGCGUGCUCCCAGUACGGACCAGUACAGACCAGUAUGGACCGGUAGGGUGCCCCCACUGCUGUGUUGAUGCCCUCAGGCCUUCUCCCAGUAUGGACCAGUACAAACCAGUUCCUGCCCCCCGCCCUGGGUGCCUUCUCCCCUCCCCCCCCUUAUUUAUUGCCCCUCCCCCCCCAGCCCGGGGGGGUCCCGGGGGGGUCCCAGAGGUGCCGGAAUCGCCAAUAAACGAUGCCUGUUA